GCGUGCCCACCGUCGCGGCGGCCUCUCCACCUACCUCCCUGCGGUCAUGGGGCCCCUCGGCGGGCCUCUCGCCUCCGUGCUCCUCCUGCUCCAGGUUUGCUGGCUACCGAGCGUGGCCUCCGAGCCCUACCCGGAGGCUGAAGUGACCUUGGAGGUGGGAGGAACUGCCUUGGAGGCCAGCCAAGCGCUGGGGAAAGUAGCAUUGGCUGAAUACCCUGGACAUGAGCUGCAUGGCUCUGACAACGGAGAAAUCACUAUUCUGAAUAGUGGGACAGUCCAGAGAGGGAAGGCUGCAAUGAGCUCCCCACCCAAACGCCUCUUACGGAGACGAAAAAGAGAGUGGGUGAUGCCACCAUUAUCAGUCCCUGAGAAUGGCAAGGGUCCUUUCCCUCAGAGGCUGAAUCAGCUCAAAUCUAAUAAGGACAGAGGCACCAAGCUCUUCUACAGCAUCACUGGGCCUGGGGCAGACAGUCCCCCUGAGGGCGUCUUCACCAUAGAGAAGGAGACAGGCUGGUUGCUCUUGACCAUGCCACUGGACAGGGAGAAGAUCGUCAAGUAUGAACUUUUUGGCCAUGCGGUAUCCGAGAACGGUGCCUCUGUGGAGGAGCCCAUGAACAUCUCCAUCAUCGUGACAGACCAGAAUGACAACAAGCCCAAGUUCACUCAAGAUAUCUUCAGAGGGAGUGUUUUUGAGGGGGUGACGCCUGGCACUUCUGUGAUGCAGGUGACAGCGACAGAUGAGGAUGAUGCCAUCAACACUUACAACGGCGUGGUGGCUUACUCCAUCCAUAGCCAAGAACCGAAGGAGCCACAUGACCUCAUGUUCACCAUCCACAAGAGCACGGGGACCAUUAGCGUCAUCUCCAGCGGCCUGGACCGGGAGAAAGUUCCUGAGUACACACUGACCAUCCAGGCCACGGACAUGGAUGGAGAGGGCUCUACCACCACGGCAAAGGCCAUAGUGGAAAUCCUGGAUGCCAAUGAUAAUGCUCCCGAGUUUGAGCCACAGAAGUAUGAGGCCUGGGUGCCUGAGAACGCAGUGGGCCGGGAGGUGCAGAGACUGACAGUGACUGAUCUGGAUGCCCCCAACUCAUCGGCAUGGCGUGCCACCUACCACAUCGUGGGAGGUGACGAUGGGGGUCAUUUUACUGUCACCACUCACCCGGAGACCAACCAAGGCAUCCUGACAACCAAGAAGGGUUUGGAUUUUGAGGCUCAGAACCAGCACACUCUGUAUGUAGACGUAACCAACGAGGAUCCCUUUGCCGUGAAGCUCCCAACUGCCACCGCUACCAUCGUGGUCCAUGUGGAAGACGUCAACGAGGCCCCUGUGUUCGUCCCACCUUACAACAUCAUCGAGGCCCAGGAGGGUGUCUCUGUUGGGGAGCUGGUCUGCAUCUAUACCGCACAGGACCCAGACAAGGAGGAGCAGAAGAUCAGCUACGAAAUCCUGAAAGACCCAGCCGGCUGGCUAGCCAUGGACCCGGACAGUGGCCACGUCACAGCUGUGGGCAUCUUAGAUCGUGAGGAUGAGCGGUUUGUGAAGAACAACACGUACGAAGUCGUGGUCUGGGCCACAGACAAUGGAAACCCUCCCGCCACCGGCACUGGGACCCUCCUGCUAACGCUCACCGACAUCAAUGACCAUGGCCCAGUCCCGGAACCCCGUCAUAUCACCAUCUGUAACCAAAGCCCGGUGCCUCAAGUGCUGAACAUCACGGACAAGGACCUGUCCCCCAACUCCUUCCCUUUCCAGGCCCAGCUGACACAUGAUUCGGACAUCUACUGGGUGGCAGAAGUCGGCGAGAAAGGAGACACCGUGGCCUUGUCCCUGAAGAAGUUCCUGAAGCAGGACAUAUAUGACUUGCACCUUUCUCUCUCCGACCAUGGCAACAGGGAACAGCUCACCAUGAUCAGGGCCACUGUGUGCGACUGCCGUGGCCACGUGGAGUUCUGCCCCAAGCCCUGGAAGGGUGGUUUCAUCCUCCCCAUCCUGGGUGCCGUCCUGGCUCUGCUGACCCUUCUGUUGGCACUCCUCUUGCUGGUGAGAAAGAAGAGAAAGGUCAAAGAGCCCCUUCUGCUCCCAGAGGACGACACUCGUGACAACGUCUUCUAUUAUGGUGAAGAGGGUGGUGGCGAAGAGGACCAGGACUAUGAUAUCACCCAACUCCACCGGGGGCUGGAGGCCAGGCCUGAGGUGGUUCUCCGCAAUGAUGUGGCACCAACCUUCAUCCCCACACCCAUGUACCGUCCCCGGCCAGCCAACCCAGAUGAAAUUGGCAACUUCAUCAUUGAGAACCUGAAGGCUGCCAAUACGGACCCAACUGCCCCACCCUACGACUCCCUGCUGGUGUUUGACUAUGAGGGCAGCGGCUCUGAUGCCGCCUCCCUGAGCUCCCUCACCUCCUCAGCCUCCGACCAGGACCAGGACUACAACUACCUUAACGAGUGGGGAAGUAGAUUCAAGAAACUGGCCGACAUGUACGGUGGCGGGGAGGAUGAGUAGGCGCCCUGCCAAGCUAUCCAGGCAGAAAUGAAAGAUCGGGUCACAGCAGCAUCUCACGGAGCCUCCUCUACAGCGAGGACUUAGAGCUUCUCAGGAAGCGGCCUGCUUAGUAUACUGAGCCUGACAGGAAGGCUGGACCGGAAGCCUUUCAGAUGAAAGGAUGUGACACAGACUCCAACACUGAUCCCUCAGCCAAGGCUGGGCCCCUCUCAGAGGCAGAAUUCCUAGAGGUCUCUCACACGAUGCUCAACCCUGCCCUCCUCAGGGCUGACUUGCUCUGCUGCCCUUGCUGACUUUCCCCUCUCCUUAGAAAGAGGCCUCUUAACUGCAGCCAUUUUUUUUUUAAUGCAGUGUUCGAAAAGAGGCUGGGGGAGGGGCACCUGUGUCCCCUCAGACCCUCCAAAAGAGAAUCGUGCAGGGCUUGUUGUUGUUUUGUUUUGUUUUGUUUUUAACUGAGUAUGUCUAAGUUGUCUUGUAUUUUUUAUUUUCCCCGUUGCGUGCCGUAGAUGGAGAGUGAUGACAAUCGUGUAAAUGUACCAGAAUUUUUUUUAUUAAAUGAACUUU